AUCCACAUACCUUAAAUCAGUUGACCCUUCGUGUUGGAGAACUGAAUGGUGCUUCAGGUUACGCGUCGUUUUAUUUGGGCAACCUGUCGACCACGCGAUUUACACUACCAAAGCAUUUUUAUUUGCACCUCUAAAAGUUGAGGAGGAUUAAGGCGCCUUACUCGAUCACUAUCAGAUGUGAUAAACCGAGAUCUUCAUACAUCUUGUUCACGGUUUUACAUUACAGAUUUUACAUUUUUACGUUUCAGAUCUGUUCUAAGUGUUUGUGUAGUUUAGAAAAUGACAGAGGCAGAAUUGUACUCUGUAUAUAAAGGGGUGUUCGUCCCAACUCACUUGCACCCUCCUGAAUGUCUAAAAUACAACGAGGACUUUACUUUCCGCCCGGAUGACAUCCUUAUCGUUACGGCGUUACCUAUCCUAAAUCAGUUCGUCUCCGCUGUACCAACAGAAGCCAAACUUACUAAACUGGAAGCUCAUCCAACAGCUCAUCUUGAACUUGGGCACACGGAGAAAGUUUUUCCUUGGGCUGGAACAAAUGAUUUGAGCUCUUGUGAAACUAUUUUAACAAAGAAGCUUCAAAAUCUCGAGUUACAGAUGAAAGGGUUGCAUCCCAGCAGUGUGGAGCGCUCGGCCCCAUUUUUACUUACACCACCAAACCCACUGCAAAACCUUGAGCUGAUGGAUCCUGAAACAGACCAGCAGGAGACGAUAUCACACCAUCAGACCUCCAAAUACCUUACUGAUAUCAAACAAGAAGGUGAGGGUGAUGAGGAAGAUGUGUUUGUGCUGGAGUUGCAGAGAGGAUCAUGUGGUUUGGGUCUGGCAUUGGUAGAUGGACAGGAAACACCAUUUAAAGUCAAUGGAAUAUACAUCAAAUCCGUAAUGCCGGAAUCUCCUGCUGCUUUGUCCCAGCGGCUGAGACCAGGGGAUCGUAUUCUAGCAGUGAAUGGACUCAGUCUGGUUGGGGUGGACUACCAAACUGGCAGGGAGCUCAUUCAGACAUCAGGAGACAGACCCCGAUUACUAGUUGCCAAAUCUGACAGAAAUACAAGAGAAGCAUAACAUUCCUCUCACAAAACAACUUUUCUACAUUUUUUACCAAAUGCUUUUAUGUGUAUAUGUCUUUUAUUUUAUUGUUAUACGUGUGUGUGUGUGUGUGUGUGUGUGUGUGUGUGUUUCAUUAAUUGAAUUUUGAGAUUAAAUGUAUCGAUGUUUUUUUGAAAUGAUAAAACAUUUGUUAAUGUAUGUCGUAUACAAAUGGCCUCAUUGCCUUGACCAACUAAGUAAAACCUU